AUGGCUGCCUCUUGGUCUCCAGAGGCAGAGACCCAAAAGCUUCCUCACAUUGCCAUCUUCCCGUUCCUUGCCAAAGGCCACACCAUCCCGCUCAUCCACCUCGCCCACUACCUCCACCGCUACGGCCUCGCCACCGUCACCUUCUUUACCACCGCCGGCAACGCUGGCUUCAUCCGGGAGGGGCUGUCUGGCGCGGACGCGGCCAUCGUCGAGCUCACCUUCCCAACCGACGUCCCAGGCAUCCCACCGGGCGUCGAGAGCGCCGAGGGACUCACGUCCCUGGCCUCCUUCGUCGUCUUCGCCGACGCCACGUUCCUGCUCCUGCCACAGCUCGACGCCUCCCUCGCUGAGAUGCAGCCGCCCGCGAGCCUGCUCGUCACCGACCCGUUCAUGCACUGGACGAAAGCGCCGGCGGCGAGGCUCGGCGUCCCGAAGGUGUCGUUCUUCGGCAUCUCGGCCUUCGCGCAAGUCAUGCGGGAGCUCACCUUCGAAGACUUCAUGGCGCCCUUCGGCGACCCUGCGUCCAUAGCGCCCAUGUUGGAGCUCGACGCAUGUUGGGCCCAAGGCCUGGCCCAUCGGGCCACUCUGCCUAGCCCAACCAACAUCAGCCAGGCCCAAGGAUGGAUUGAGCUAGUGCCCACUUGGAUGGAGUGGCUUGAUGACAAGGCGGCGGCUGGUAGAGCCGUCCUGUAUGUCGCUCUGGGGACACUAGCUGCCAUCCCAGAGUCACAGUUGAAGGAGGUCGCGAAUGGGCUAGAGCGGGCUGAGGUGGACUUUAUAUGGGCUGUUAGGCCCGAAAACAUUGACCUCGGUUUGGGUUUUGAAGAGCGUACAAAGGAGAGAGGUUUGGUGGUGAGAGAGUGGGUGGAUCAGUUGGAGAUUCUAAACCAUAGCAGUGUACAAGGGUUCUUGAGCCAUUGUGGGUGGAACUCGAUACUCGAGAGUGUGACAGCCGGUGUGCCAUUAGCGGUUUGGCCUAUGCAUGCUGAUCAACCUUUCAAUUCAAGGUUCUUAGUCGAUGAGUCAAGAUCGCUGUAA